AUGUGGCUUUCAGAUGGGCAAAAGAUCGGUGUCGCGCUCACGACAUUCGGGGGCCUCUUCAUGCUCCUGGGGGUGAUGCUCUUCUUCGACGGCGCGCUGCUCGCCUUGGGAAACAUCCUCUUUAUUUCAGGGCUGACCCUCAUCAUCGGGCCCCACAAAACGUUCUACUUUUUCGCGCGGAAACAGAAGCUGCAGACCUUCGGGUUCUUGAACCUCUUCGGGGAUUUCUUCCCCGUCAUCCUCACCUUCCUGCGCCAGCUGCCGUUCGUCGGCCAGCUGCUGAACAUGCCGUACAUUCGGGAUGUCGCGGAUCGGAUCGCGGGCUCUCGGACGUCUAUUGUAUGA